AUGAUAAAGAAAUAUAAAGUGAAUGUGGUAGCCAUUGCGGAACCUUUUGUCAAUAAGCAGUGUAUGGUUCGGUUUCAGAAUAGACUGGAGUUUGGGGGAUGUAUUUCUAAUGAGGAGGCUGGAGGAAAAUUAUGGGUGCUGUGGAAUACCAAGGUAAAGGUUACUGUUCAAUCCAUCAAGGGUCAAAGUAUCUCGCUAAUGGUUGAAGAGGAGAACAAACAAAUCCUCGCAUCUUUUGUCUAUGCUAAAUGUUCAUACCUAGAUCGUAGAAGACUUUGGGAGGAUUUGAGCUUGUUGAGUACCGGAAUCACACCUUGGAUAAUUAUGGGAGAUUUUAACAUUAUCCGUAAUAAUGAUGAGAGGAUUGGAGGAAGACCCAGACUGACCAUUGCUAUGAGGGAAUUCAAUGAUUUUAUUGAUGCGGUGGGGAUGAUUGAAACAAAGUUUGAAGGAAAUAAGAUGUCGUGGUGUAAUGGGCAGCAAGGAAGAGCUCGUAGCUGGGCAAGACUGGAUCGUUCUUUCAUUAACUCGAAACUAAUGCUGGAAUUUCCAGGUUUGGUGAUGACCUAUUUGCCUAGACAAAACUCAGACCAUUCCCCGCUAGUGGUGGCCAUGGAGAAAAAUGAUAAACCGUAUGGGUUCAGCCCUUUCAAAUUCCAGAAUAUGUAG